AUGGGCGCCGCCCGACCCAUCACCAUCUCCUUUCUCGCCUGCCUCCCGCUCAUCUUGGCGUCGGCCAGCCAGUCUCCCAGCGGGGAGACCUUCUGGGGGGCGCCGCGCGGCCCCGGCGCCCUGGUGCCCCGCAGGCCGGCGCCCAACUUCACCGCCACCGCCGUCGUGGGGGAGAAGUUCGAGACGGUGUCCGUGUCGGACUACCUGGGCAAGUGGCUGGUGCUGCUGUUCUACCCGUUCGACUUCACCUUCGUGUGCCCCACGGAGCUGGUGGCAUUCAGCGAGGCAUCGGAGAAGUUUGCGGCCGUGAACACGAAGGUGGUUGCCAUCUCAACAGACAGCCACCACACUCACCUUGCGUGGGUGCGCACACCCAGAAACCAAGGCGGCCUGGGGGCUGUGAACUUCCCUCUUGUGGCAGACAUAAGCAAGCGGAUCAGCUACAACUAUGGAGUGCUUGUAGAGGACGAGGACGAUGUGCUGUAUGGUGCCGCCCUCAGGGGCAUAUUCCUCAUCGAUCCAAAUGGGACCAUAAGGUCCACACAGGUGAACGAUGAGUCUGUGGGGAGGAACGUGGACGAGGUUGUGCGUCUGGUGCAAGCUUUCCAGUAUGCUGACGAACAUGGAGAGGGCUGCCCAGCAAACUGGAAACCUGGAGACGACACCGUCAAGCCGGACCCCGAUGGCUCGAAGGCGUUCUUUGCGUCGUGGAGCGCACAGCACGUGGAAUAG